AUGAUUUCAACAAUCGGCACAACAACAAUUCAAGCCACGAACGGCGGGACUCUGUCCACAACUACAGCACCAAACUCGCUAGUCAUGAAUCCUACGUCAAUGUUGGUAGAGAUGAAAAGCUUUAUUCCUUCUUCAUAUACUUUUGAAACAGAAAUCCAGAAGAUAAAGCAAGAACUUUUAACAAGUAAUUUAGACUGUAGUGCGAAAGAUGAAACAAAUGAACAGUAUCUUUAUGAAAUGGAGGACCUCAUCGACCAUUUGCCUAAACUACCUGAAAUUCAGCAGCAAAAACUAACUAUUCCUGAAUUCGACGAAAUUGAAGUCAAAGCAACUGACUCAGUAGAAAUUAAGAAAUUCAUACGUAAAGUAAAUUAUGAAUUCCUUGGUUUUCAUUGCAACCAUAAAGUUAUGGACAAAGAUUGCGACAUGGUUUAUAAAAAUAUUUCUGACCUUUACAAAUCCGAAGAAUUUAAGACAUACGAUAACUUUGUUUCAUUAGUUGCAAAAUGUGUAUGGCAGAUAAGAGAUAAAGAUAGAAGAGGUAAAGUAUGGAAUGAACAGAUAA